GAAACCGACAGACUCUUACAGCUCCCAUCUGGAGGGAGGAAUCACUGAGAACCUCAAUAGCCAAUCCAUUCGAAAGUAUGCACUGAACAUCUCUGAGAAGCGGAGACUAAGAGACAUUCAGGAGACCCAGAUGAAGUAUCUAUCCGAGUGGGACCAGUGGAAACGGUAUAGCAGCAAGUCUUGGAAGAGAUUCCUGGAGAAGGCUCACGAGAUGACAACCCACCUGGAGCUGUGGCGGGAGGACAUCCGCAGCAUAGAAGGGAAAUUUGGCACUGGGAUUCAGUCCUAUUUCUCCUUCUUGCGGUUCCUGGUGUUGCUGAAUUUGGUGAUAUUUCUGAUCAUCUUUAUGCUGGUUUUGCUCCCAAUCUUUCUUACCAAAUACAAGAUCACCAACAGCAGCUUUGUGCUCAUUCCAUUCAAAGACAUGGAUAUACAAUGUACAGCGUAUCCAAUAAGUAGCUCUGGACUCAUUUACUUUUACAGUUAUAUCAUAGACUUGCUUUCCGGCACUGGUUUCUUGGAGGGGACCAGCCUCUUUUAUGGACAUUACACCAUUGACGGGGUGAAAUUUCAGAACUUCACCUAUGAUCUUCCCCUGGCUUAUUUGUUAAGCACAAUUGCCUACCUGGCCCUGAGCCUUCUUUGGAUAGUGAAAAGGUCGGUGGAAGGGUUCAAAAUCAACCUGAUUCGGAGUGAGGAGCACUUCCAGAGUUACUGCAACAAGAUCUUUGCUGGCUGGGACUUCUGCAUCACCAACCGCAGCACGGCCGAUCUGAAGCACAGCAGCUUGCGGUAUGAGCUCCGGGCAGAUCUGGAGGAAGAAAGAAUACGGCAGAAAAUAGCAGAAAGGACCUCAGAAGAAACGAUUCGCAUUUACUCUUUGAGGCUGUUUUUGAACUGUAUCGUUCUGGCUGUUUUGGUGGCGUGUUUUUAUGCCAUCUAUAUAGCAACUAUCUUCUCGCAAGAACAUAUGAAAAAAGAGAUUGACAAAAUGGUUUUUGGAGAGAACCUCUUGAUACUGUACCUACCGUCUAUUGUGAUCACACUGGCCAAUUUUAUCACCCCAAUGAUUUUUGCCAAGAUCAUCCACUAUGAGGAUUAUUCUCCAGGCUUUGAGAUCCGGCUGACAAUCCUUAGGUGUGUCUUUAUGCGGCUGGCCACCAUCUGUGUGCUGGUGUUCACACUGGGCUCUAAGAUCACGUCCUGUGAUAACGGCACGUGUGAACUCUGUGGCUACAACCAGAAACUCUACCCGUGCUGGGAGACCCAAGUUGGGCAGGAAAUGUACAAGCUGAUGAUCUUCGACUUCAUCAUCAUCUUGGCUGUGACGCUCUUUGUGGAUUUUCCCAGAAAACAGCUCCAGGCCGUCAACCUCAGGUUGAGUCUUCUUUACACCUGCAGACCCUCCCCCAGGCAGUUCAGAGCGUCCAAUUCUAAUUUCUUCUUCCUGUUGGUAUUGCUGAUUGGGCUGUGUUUGGCAAUAAUUCCUCUGACAAUCAGCAUGUCACGCAUCCCUUCCUCGAAAGCCUGUGGGCCGUUCACCAACUUCAACACCACCUGGGAGGUCAUCCCCAGGACGGUGAGCACCUUUCCCAGCUCGCUGCAGUCCUUGGUCCACGGCAUCACGUCGGAAGCCUUCGCAGUUCCUUUCUUCAUGAUCAUCUGUCGUGACAAGCGCUACCUAAUCCAGAAACUCACCGAAGCCCAAGGGGACAUGAGGAACCAACCAGCAUAGACCGAGCAGGACAGUGGUGCUGCCUGUUUCUUCUCAGCUGACCCAGUGACUCUGUCAAGCCUACAAAGUCCACCUGGGGUUUUGAGUGGAAAUCUUACAAUGUAUGUUUUGGAGUUUAGGCUCUUCCCGAUCGUGGCUCCGUAUGUGCAGCUGUGUUUACCUAACCCAGCCCUUAUGUAGGCCUUAGUGUCUUAGAAAAUCAGGGCAAACCUGAGCCUUUGCCUGUAGACCGGCAGC